AUGCAUGCGUUAUCAUUCACUCUUAACAAGACAAAGGCUGCAGCAGAGCGGGUCGACGCGUGGUUCAGCGAACUGUAUAAAAUUGGUGUUCCUCAGGACAACGUUUUCACUAACGAAUUUUUCACGCGAGGCACAACUGAAUAUAGUCAACUGGCCUGGCAAACGAGCAACAAAAUUGGCUGUGCUGUCGUAUCCUGUUGGAAUGCGUGGACAGCAGUAGCAUGCGAAUACAAUCCCGGAGGACUCAAGCUCUCUCACACGAUUUAUGACAUAGGAGAUCCGUGCACAACUAACGAAGACUGCCAAUGCGCCGGUUGCGUUUGCAGCGAAGAUGAAGCUCUCUGUACUGCUCCUUGA